AUCAAAACACGUUGUCAACAUGGGUUCGCAAGGUGACCUGACUCAACGAAUAUUAAACGAUUUAAAUAGUCAAAACUCAAUCGACUCUUUAGCUUAUUCAAUAUUAGUCAGAGAGGAGCAUCAAAAAGUUGUCGGAGCUAUAAAAUCUUUGGAAACAUUGGGUAAUGUCAUAAGUGUCUCUUCAAAGAGUGUCAAAUGCUGGAGCUGUACAGAAGAAGGCCUUCAAAUAAGCAAGGAAGGCUCUCAUGAAGCUCGACUUUUUUCCUGGCUCUCCAAAGCUGGCGCUUCUGUAGACGCAAUCAAGAAAGAGUUCCCUACUGCCAAUGUUGCACUUGGAGCAGCUCUCAAAAACAAGUGGGUCCGCAAAGAGGGACCAAAUGUGGUGCGUGUGGUUGAGAGCAUCAGUGAUGUGGUGCAGCAGGACCUUCAAGCGGUCGUGGCUGGCAGGCACUCCCAGCUGUCGGAUAAGCAACUUGCUGACUACAAGAAGCGUAAACUUAUCAAAGAUAGCGACGUGACGGUGUUCAGCGUCAGCAAAGGCCCUGGAUUCACAACAACCAUCAGCAAGCUGGAGGCAGAGCUCACCAAAGCUCUCAUCGAGUCAGGCCAGUGGAAGAUCACUACCUUCAAACCUUUCAACUUCAGAGCAAAGGGCAAGCAAGAAGUACGACCAGGGCACCUGCACCCAUUGAUGCAGCUGCGUUCAGAGUUCCGGCAGAUCUUCCUCGAGAUGGGCUUCACUGAGAUGCCCACUAACAGCUUCGUGGAGUCAGCCUUCUGGAACUUUGAUGCCCUCUUCCAGCCCCAGCAACAUCCUGCCAGGGAUGCGCACGACACCUUCUAUGUCAAGACUCCUGGACGGGCUCUAGCCGUGCCCACGGACUACAUGCACACGGUGCGGAAAGUGCACAGUGAAGGAGGGUAUGGGUCAUCAGGCUACAGGUAUCCCUGGAGUGAAGAGGAAGCCCACAAGAAUCUCCUUCGCACCCACACCACCGCCGUCAGCGCUAGGAUGCUCCACAAGCUGGCACAGGAAGGUUUUAGACCUGCCAAAUACUUCAGCAUUGACCGCGUGUUCCGAAACGAGACUCUGGACGCGACGCACCUGGCAGAGUUCCACCAGAUCGAGGGCGUGGUGGCCGACUACAACCUCAGCGUGAAGCACCUCAUCGGCAUGUUCACCGCCUUCUUUGAGAAGAUAGGCAUCAAAGACCUGCGCUUCAAAGCCACAUACAACCCCUACACCGAACCCUCCAUGGAAAUCUACAGUUAUCACGAAGGUCUGGGCAAGUGGGUGGAGGUGGGCAAUAGCGGUCUCUUCAGACCGGAGAUGCUCAGACCUAUGGGGCUGCCGCCCAACGUGUCCGUCCUCGGCUGGGGUCUGUCCCUUGAAAGGCCCGCCAUGAUCAUGUUCGGCAGCAACAACAUCCGGGAGCUCGUGGGUCCUAAAGUGAAGCUGGAGCACGUCUACAGCCACCCCGUCUGCACCGUCGACAAGUUCGCAACAUCUAACCUGCGACCACCUGUGGCUGCGACGGACGUUACCAGCUGCGAGCCAGCAGCGGCCCAGCUGUCCAGACGGCAGGACCGCAUCCUGCACCAGCUGCACGACCUGCAGGACAGGAUUAGACAGGUCGCCGUCAAGAUGGACGUCAACUUGACAGAAGGUCCUGCCAAGAAGGGUUCGGUUGAUUACGGCUCCGCCUUGGCAGUUCUCACCGGCUCGCCGUCAGCUGAUCGCCCCAUGGAGCUGGUGAUCACAGCACACCCCCACCGCCCCCCUCACAGCCUCCCCCUCCUCGCCGCCCUCCUCUCCUCCGUCUCUCCCACCGCCGUGUCCGUCCACACCCACAGCUCCCUGGGGGACCUGCCAGACUCGCUGAAGAACUUCCUGAAGGGCGUGAGCAGCUCGCCGGAGCCCGUGGUGAGAGUACGUCUCAUAUUCAGCGCCGCCUUCACUGGGGGCAACUCACCCAAGUCAUCCACGCUGGGGGGGAAGGCGCCUGUCCCCCGACUUAUAGUUUCCCCUCUCAACUCAACUGAGAUCGCCGGUGAGGUCAACAUCUGCCGCUACGUGGCUCGUCUGGCUGAGCUGCUCUCACGGGACGCUGUGAGCCCGGCGCUGCAGGGGCCCCUGUACGAGGGACUGUCCCUGGAUAUCCUGGCAGAGUGUGACGCCUGGCUCGAUGACUGCCAGGACUGGCUCAUUGCUGGCACCAGCAGGGGUCGAGCCAACUUUUUGAACAAACUGAGCAACAAGCUGGGUGAAGAUGAAGACUCGUCAGGCUGGCUGCUGACUCAACAUCCGACGCUGGCUGAUCUUUUCGUCUCGACGAACCUAGCGUGUCUGGGCGGCUCUGCCAAAGUGGCUGUGAACGUAGCAGUUUGGCGGGACAGAAGCUUAGCUUAUUGGUCAAAAGUUGGCAAGUCUUAGCAGCGAGUGGCUGGCGACAUUCCUUUCACUAGUUGAACGUGGGAAUAUUCUUAGUUUUGCUUACAUAGAUGAGAUUUUUUCUCUGGAUCAGGAUUUCGAAACAUGGCGAAUAUUUAUAUCUCUACUUUGUUGUGGGUCCUCAGGACAUUACGUGACAAUGAAGCGAGAAGAGUGUGGGUAAUAUAUGCAUCUUGACUUCAUCUAGACGAGUUUAUUAGCGGACAAUUUUUUAUUCGUUUUCAUAUUGGACAUUUACUAGAGAAUAACCCAUCCUGAGCCUUUAAUUCUGUUGAAAGUAUUGUUUUGAGUCAUGUUCUUUACUAGUGUUUUGUUCAACUGUUGUGGCUGUGCUGUCUCAGACUUUCUGUAGGUGGGUAGUGCGGUUUGUUUGCUUAAUAUUUCAUUUUGUGACUAAGAUAGGCCGCGGUUUUCCCAAUUCCAUCGUUCAAUAGCCGAUGUUCAAUUUUCCAGAUAAUUUUAUGAAUUAUCUCUGAGGAAUCUAUGGACCACGUCAAUUAAUAUCGUGAAACUCUGCAUUUCAGAGAAGCUUGAGAUUUAUAUUUUCAAGAAUCAACCAAAGCCAAAUGAGGAUUGUUGCACUUGAGGGUCUUGCCUUUGAACGCUUUUGCACGAUGAGAUCUUGACUUCGGACGCUGUUGCACGCGUUGGUCACAAUUAUGAGUUAUUUCUUACCAUAAAAGUUUCCAGGAAGAAGUUUCAUUAUCUCAAAUGAUGAAUAAACUCAAGUCGGAUUAAAAGUUUCUUGUAUAAAUCUUACAUACAUGUUCUAGCAGGAAAAAACCGUGAUAAAUGACAAGAAAUGAUGAAAGCAAAACUUUAUGAACUCUAUGCAAGCAAAGACACGAAAAAAGCGUAUAAUGAUUCAAGAACCUGUCGGAUAUCGGUAGAGACUCAACGUGAAACGAGACUAUAGCUAAAACAGGGGAAUAUAUGAACAUGAUCAAUAGAAUGCUCUAACAUUAACAGUUGUCCUCAAUUUAAAUCUGAUUAUCAACGACACUUCGAUUAAUACGAAAGUAAAAUUAGAUGUCUUUUCAAGAAACGUUUCAUGAGUAAGUCAGUUAAGGACGAGUGAAAGCACAAAACAAAAGCAACGAAUUCACCAUAUAUGUUAAUAUGCAGGUAAUAAAAAUAAAAAGCACCUUUUCAUUCCAUCAGGGAUUA